GUGUGGUACCAGCCUGCCUGUGGUGCUUGUCCUUUAGAUCAUGCCUUAGCCUCCAAGGCACGUUAAAGUCAGAACACCGCGUAAAACUGGCAAACCUGGACAUGAUCUCUCCCACAUGUUAAUAAUUGGUCUGGAGGCCUCCACCAGCUGAGGGAUGGAGGGGCCUCUGGAGUCGGCUUUGUAAUUCAGGAAGAUUUCCUCCCAGCAAGUUGAGUGAAGGGUGUAACUGCUACUGAAGGAGGAUUUUAAAGGAGGGCUGAUGACAGCAAAAGCAAACUCUCCUGUGACAGCAGGAUCUAUAGUUGUCCCUUUAGGGCAUGUGAUUGGAAAUGAGAAGUGGAGAGGCUCAGAGCUGGCCCAAAGGCUACAAGGGAAAGUUAGACUCAUCUUUGAAGAUGCCUUGGGACUGGUGGACUUUCAUCUUCCAAACAGAACUUGCAUUUUACUUAUUUCUGAAGCAGAUAUGGUUGCAGGGGAUGAAUUCAAACGAAGAUUGGUUAAGUUUAGAAAUGCCAGCAGUCUGAGGGGAAUUGUAAUUGUAGAGAAAACCCCAAUCAGUGAUCAGUACUUCCUAGGAGUACAAAAACUUGUGGUACUUGAACUUGGCAUGGUGUUGCUUCCUGUGGCAAAUCAAGGAGAAGCUUCUCAGCUUAUUAUUCAACUAGUGCGGGAGCAGAGCCGGGAUCGUGGCUCCAAGCCGUUCGCGGGCAGGCAGCGCGCCCGGCCGGCAGAGCCCGCGGUGCUGCAGGCGCUGCAGCGCAUCCCCGGCGUCGGGAGAACCAAAGCUCUGCUCCUGCUGCAGCGCUUCGGGAGCAUCCACCGCCUCUGCAACGCCGGCACCCCGCAGCUGGAGCCAGCGGUUGGACCGACAGCAGCACAACAGAUUUAUGCUUUUUUACACUCCUGACGUGCACGUGUGGUGGUGGUUUGCGAACAAAAACUUGCAAUUCAGAAGAAAAAUCCCAACAUUUUCAUUUUAAUAAUCACAUAUUAUGCGGAUUUCUGUAAUCAUGGCUAGCUAGCAGCAACUGGACUCUGAUGCUUCUUUUUUACAUCUGCUCUGUUCAUAUAGAUUAAGCUGUGCAAAUUGCCUUGAAAAGGAAUUUGUAUUUUGUAUCUAUCUGGAACAAAUAAAAACCAAGAAAGCUUUUUCAGCAUCAGUGGUAAGAAA